GAUCUCCAUCCAUUCAGGGUUGGAGAAAGACACUUUUAGGUUUCAGAACCGGCCGCGAGAUGGGCGUGCGAAAGAGCGUGUCGCCACUUCUCCAUGUGCAUUCACUUUUGGGCCUCCGCUGGUGCCUCUUGCCACUGGUCGUUCUUGCCUCCAGCGGCUCAGUGCUGGUGGCAUGUGAACUGGCGGGGUCCUUUGCGGUGUGGAGCCUUGCGGUGAUCUUCGCCGAUGCCUCGCAAAACCAAAAGAGCCAGGCGGGUGUCCUGCUGAUCACCUGCAUUGUCCUCACAGUGGCUGCCUUGAGCACGCUUCCACUCGUGGGUCUGGAGGUGGGCGCCAUGGCGAUCAUCUAUCUGGGCCUGGCCGGCGGCAUCGCCAGCGUCUUUGGAUGGCGGGUGAAAGCGGUGCUGUACGCGGCCUGGGCCGUGGGCGAGGCCAUCGCGGGUGUGGCAGUCUCUGGUGGAUUGAUUUGGGGCGCCUGGAAGCUUCUGGGCACCGAGAAUGGAAUUGAGCAAGAUUGGCUGUUCCUUUGGUGCAUCUUCUGGGGCAACGGCGUACUCAGUCUAAUCUCAUUGGCCCUUGUUCCUCUUCUGCUGCUGCGACGCUUUCGAAAAGAAGAGCUGGAAGCGCUGAGCCCAUGUGGAGAGGAGGUCAGCCCCUGGCGUUGCACCAGUGGCAUCGCCUCACCGGUGGAACCACCGGUUAAGAAGUGCCGCCAGAGGAGCAUUCGCAUCCUGCUUGUGCUUGCUGCCAGUGCUUGCGCCUGUUGCAUGGUCGCUGCUUCGGCUGUCUUCAUGAUGUUUCACUGCUUUCCGCCGGGGCUUUGGUUGGAGACCAUGAAACCUGAGCUUCCCUGGGCUUGCCAGGGUUGUUUCUGCGCGAAUGCCUCCGCAGACGUCUUAGUGACCCGCAACGUGAAGUACGGUUCGGCCUAUUCGGAGAGGGAUGGGUCGGAGACGGAGCUCUUCUUAGACGUGUACAGACGCUCCCAUCACGGAAGCGCGAAAGCUCCAGCUGUCUUAAUGAUUCAUGGUGGAAACUUCAUGGGAGGCAGUAAAGAUUGGGAACUCAUUGCCACCGAAGCCGAGCACUUCGCGAGAGCUGGCUAUGUCGUCUUCAACAUCGAUUACCGUGUGGAUGGCAGUUUCUACUUGGUCGACUUGCCCGCCGUCCGCGCUGCGGUGCACGACGCCAAGGCCGCGGUACGCUUCAUCGCUCGCCACGCCGAGGAGUAUGGCGUGGAUGCGACGCGCAUUGCGGCCUGGGGCGAGUCGGCCGGUGGCAUCACGGCGAUCAGUAUGAACAGCUUGGCGAGUGAGGGCAGCAGUGGCAAUCCGGGAUGGCCAUCGAACAUCUCCGUGGCGGUGAGUAUCUCUGGCACCAUGUGGCCAUUCCUGGUGGGUGAUCCGUCGAACCCCGUGCGGAACAUCACACCUUGGUUCAAUGUGCACGGCACCGACGACAGCAUCGUGUUUCCCUUUCUUCCUGUCAUGACUCACACCUACCUUCUGGCACGUGGGAUGCCAGCUACACGGAACCGCAUAGUCUGGGUGAAGGGUGCUGGCCAUGUGCCUUGGGGCACCAGCUCUCCCCUUGAUGUGAGUUCAUCUUUGCGACCUUUGAUCUUCGACUAUUUGUCCAAUGUGAUGGACUUGAGCCCUCUUUGUGCAACAAACAAAGGAUGAGUUUUGAGAUUACGAGCAGCUUGCAGGUGGUCCAGCCCAGAGAGCCUUUUCGGGAAGAUAGGCUGAGCAUUGACUUGUUUGUUUCAUUGUGCUUCACAUUCUUUGGUCAAAAUUUGGAUACCUUUUCUAUCCUGAAAAGGGCCUUCUCACACGGGGUUGGCCAACCUGCAUGCCUGCCAUGAAUUAGAUGCACAGUUCUCGGACUUUUGGAGCCGAGUUUCUAGCGUUUUGUGCGUUUGAUCAUGCAGUACAGCCAGCUUCCCGUGGUUGAGCUUGGAACUACGGGAAGCAAAACAUGCCUCCCAAAAAUUCGAGCAAGCGCUACUGGCGACUGAUUCUUGAGCAGUGCAACACCAGUAUUGAAUUUUUGUGCCACCGUUGGAGGGUUGAUCUUUUGAGAGGGGCUUCCCCGAGCGGAACGCCGAAAGAAGAAGACGGUUCGCUCAAGCAAAAGAUCAGGCUUCCUCGCGAGACCAACCUGCCUAAAGAGCAUGGCGUCCUUCGCAUCUGGGGCUCUACCGGCUCUCUCGGGCCAUCAGUAUCGACGAAAAGGAUGCGAGGCAGAUGAGGGUGACAAGCUGGAGAGCGCUGUCCGGGCACUGGCAGAUACCCUGCCAGUAAAGAUUACAGUGGAACCUGGAUAGUAGAGGGAGCUCGCUAUCCUGAUUUCUGUACUUCUUGGUAAUUUGGUCGAAGAACACAAAAA